AUGAGUUUCUUCAAUGUGACUGACAAGCAAGAUGUCAUCAAUCCUUCGGAGACAACCUUCUGUGACUUGCCCAAUAAUACUGAUAUAGCACCCGCUGAGUUUGUCACCUUCACUACCACAACUACUACUGACCUGGAGCCAAACGCAGAAGAAGGCUUUGUCCCAAAAGAGAUUGAAGCUGCAGUGGAAGAACCGCUACCCAUUGUCGUAGACCAUGAAAAACAAAAGGUCCACACUUGUGAAUUUUGCAACAGGAAGUACAGGACAAAUGAGAAACUGUUGAGACACGUAUGCAAGUCUGCGCCUGUGCUUGAUUGUCAGGACGAUGAGUUGGAAGACGAUUCAGAACCUUCAGACUUACCACAGAUAUCACAUAGACCUGAGUCAAGCACGGAUUUGUUCGUUUGCGCCGUUUGUUUUGCCAGUUUCUCUCAACAAGAUCUGUUCGACCAACACACACACACAGACGAAUCUCUGGGAGUGGAGUUGCUGACGGACGUGUCGAGGCUACAGGCACAGCGCAAGUUCACAUGUGGCGUGUGUAGUGAGGUUUACCGCAGCUUGGCGCGCAUCUCAUACCAUGUCGCUCAUUGUAGUCAAGGCCCCUACCAUUGCGAGCUGUGCCCAUACAUGGCACAUACCAAGCAGCUGCUUAACCGGCACAAGAAGAAACAACACAAGGGCGUGGAGAGUUUCUUCUGCACAGAGUGCGGACUGGGCUUCAAGUUGCGCACUUCACUACAGAAACAUCUGGUAAAUAGACACGAGAGUGUGCAAGAUCACUUCCCCUGCGACGCAGACGGCUGCGGACUCGUGUUCAGUAAGAAGGUGCAACUGACCAAUCAUAGGAUAGAAGUUCACGGCGCACAGCGCAAGUUUUUAUGCCAGGUUUGUGGUAACAAAUUCAUGACCCAAGACAGUCUUUCAAGCCACCUCGAGUGCCACUCAAACAAGAGAAGAUUCGAGUGCCAAUAUUGCGCGAAACUUUUCAACACCAAGGAAAAACUCACACUCCACGUCCGCACUCAUACAGGUGAAAAGCCUUACGUCUGCGACAGAAGCGCUUGUAGCAAAUCUUUCAUUUCCAAGUCCAAACUUGUGGAGCACAUACAGCGACACAACGGGGAGAAAAGGCACAAAUGUUCAGUUUGUGGCAAACAAUACGCUAACAAGCCGGACCUACGAGCACACAUACGCAAGCUGCAUGGGGAACACAAGCAGACGACGGACGUGUACACUCAACAGCUGGUACCGUCACUACAGCUGUUUCCUGUUAGUGUGCCACAGAAUAUGGUCAUUACUAGUUUUGAGACAGUGGUUACGAUAUAGUCCUUGGUGAGUACAGUAUAUUCCAUGUGUUUUGUUGAGCUAUUUAAUCAGAAAUUUUAAAUCUCAAAACUGAAACCAAAACUUAACAUUAUUGGAUAUUGCACAAUAUUUUGAGAGCGGAAAGGAGAAAGGAAAUGAAUAGUUUUUGUAUCUAUGUCACCAUUUAAGAUUAAAAAGGAGGCUUUCGGAAUUUUUUCUUUUAAAUAAUGAGUGAAAAAAAUAUCUGCAGUUUCUGUUCUGGGUUUUUAAUCUCGAAACUUGCCAAUUGAAUCUUGAAACAAAACCGAAACUUUUUUCAAAAUUGUGGUAGUUUUGAGAUUUGGUUUUGACACAUCGCUACUUUCCAUGUUAAUUUGGUAAGCUAAUUUUGAGUUGUCUAAGCCAUUGGCAUUUCAACCAAUAAAAAUC